CUCGCUGCUCAUCUGCAGGAAAGAACUUUUAGUUCACCAUCCAUCGCAAAUCUACAAUGGCCGAGGAAGGCAGUCCUGCCGGAGGUGUGAUGGAUGUCAACACCGCUCUCCCUGAAGUGCUCAAGACCGCACUCAUCCACGAUGGCCUGGCCCGAGGUAUCCGUGAGGCUGCCAAGGCUCUGGACAAACGUCAAGCCCAUCUCUGCGUGCUUGCUGCCAACUGCGAUGAGCCCAUGUAUGUCAUGCUGGUGGAGGCCCUCUGUGCCGAGCAUCAGAUCAAUCUCAUCAAGCAGUCCUGCCGGAGGUGUGAUGGAUGUCAACACCGCUCUCCCUGAAGUGCUCAAGACCGCACUCAUCCACGAUGGCCUGGCCCGAGGUAUCCAUGAGGCUGCCAAGGCUCUGGACAAACGUCAAGCCCAUCUCUGCGUGCUUGCUGCCAACUGCGAUGAGCCCAUGUACGUCAUGCUGGUGGAGGCCCUCUGUGCCGAGCAUCAGAUCAAUCUCAUCAAG